AUGGGUUCCUCUUCAGAAGAACUUAACUUGGAGAAUGGAGGAUUCAUUGCAGUAAAAGUAGUCAACCUUCAACAACGGGGUGCUGGAAAGAGUUUCAUGGCUGAAUGCAAAGUCUUGCAAAAUAUACGUUACAGAAAUCUUGUGCGAAUCAUAACAUCUUGCUCAAGUAUCGAUUUUCAAGGAAAUGAUUUUAAAGCACUUGUUUACGAGUACAUGCCGCAUGGGAACCUUGAAAAGUGGCUGCAUCUGGGUUCUGAAAUGCACAAUCAGCCAAUUAAGCAACUAAGACUAAACAUCCUUCAAAGAAUGAAUAUUUCUAUAGAUGUGGGGAAUGCACUAGAUUAUCUUCAUCGCGGUUGCCACGAGCCAAUCUUUCAUUGUGAUCUAAAGCCAAGCAACAUCCUUUUUGACAAUGAUAUGGUUGCUCAUAUUGGAGAUUUUGGUCUAGCAAAAUUUCUCCCUCAACUGAUGAAUCCAGUUCAAAGUAGUUCUCUUGGUGUAAGAGGAACAAUUCGCUAUACCGCUCCAGAAUAUGGUUUAGGAAGUGAGCUGUCAACAAGUGGAGAUGUUUAUAGCUAUGGAAUCCUUUUGUUGGAGAUGAUGACAGGAAAAAAACCUACUGAUGGUAUUUUUGCAGAAGGUCUUAACCUUCACAAUUUUGCUAGAAUGGCAUUGCCUGAUAAUGUGUUGCAGAUUGCAGACCCAAUUCUCUUACAAGAAGAUGAAGGUGUAAGAGAACAUAAAGUUGAAUGCGUAAUUGGCAUGAUUAAGGUUGGGGUUUCAUGUUCUAUGGAGUCUCCUCAGGAUAGAAUGGACAUGAGUAAUGCAGUAAAUGAGUUGCUUUCAGUUAGAAACAACUAUGUGCGAAUUAGAAGAACAGGACCAUCCAUGUAUACAAGACCAUGAAGCUGAAAUGUGAUGGAGUGAAAUCAGUUAAAGGAGCGAUAUUUAUCAGAAUCGUUAGUCCAAUUUGAACUUUGCAAACAGCGAGAGGCCACUGUAAACCGAGCAGGACCAUUACAGGAAUUAUGUAGGAAACAGGAAGCCAUGUUUCUGUAUUCUGCCUCUACAGAAGGCUUGUUUCUUAAAUUUCUAGGAAAUGGUACAUCUCCAAGAAAAAUGAGAAUCCAGUUAAAGAUUUGCUUGUAAAUGAACAAGACGCCCAAUUUGCAUUACAAAAGACCUGUAGCUGCAUAGAGUUGUUAGGUUGAUUCUGUUCUUGCUGCAUAAUUUGACAAAAUUAAAAAGAACAAAAUUUGAGAAUGUAAAAGUUAAUAUUUUUGGACCAUUUCUAAUACAUUUCAGAAGAAAAUCAACAUUAUUGGA